AUGGUCAGGCCAGGCUGUCCGGUCAUUCUGCUCCACCUCUUCAGCAUCUUUGUACAGACAGGAGCUAGUACUCAGGAUAUCAUGUAUCCGUAUGGACCCGGCCACAGGGAUCUAGAGACCCCGAAGAUGGAUGAUGGGAGUUCUCCUGAAAUUACUGUGCUCAUUCACUUCAUAUUCUUCAACGUUCCCUACCGUUCCAUCUAUGUCAACAACAAUGGAGUGGUCUCCUUCAACGUGCAGGUUAGCCAGUUUACACCAGAGGCUUUUCCCCUGAGUGACAGCAGAUCAUUCAUUGCUCCACUUUGGGCAGAUGUGCACAACGGCAUCCGCGGAGACGUGUACUACCGAGAGUCCACCGAGCCGGAAAUACUGGAGAGGGCAACGCAAGAUGUCCGGAAGUACUUCAAAAACAUGGCUACCUUCACAGCCUCCUGGGUCUUUAUUGCAACAUGGCACCAAGUCACCUUCUACGGAGGAAGCCAGACGACUCCGGUGAACACCUUCCAAACUGUACUAAUCUCAGACGGUGCAGCGUCCUUCAGCAUGUUCAACUAUGGAGAAAUCACAUGGAGCACAGGAACUGCCAGUGGUGGAGAUCCUUUAACGGGACUGGGCGGGACAACAGCUCAGUCAGGUUUUAAUGGUGGAGACAUUGGUCACUUCUUCAACCUGCCAGGAUCGCGGUCAAAUGAUGUUGUGAACAUUGAACAGACCACCAAUGUGAACACGCCUGGGCGCUGGUUCUUCCGCGUAGACACAGAACUGAUAGAUCCUGCCAAUGGCUGCAGCUACAAUGGACGGUUCUACAGACGAGGGGAAAUCUUCUGGCUGUCUGACCAGUGUUCACAACGAUGCCGCUGCCUUGACAUUGACAAUGAGGUGCAGUGCCAAGAGGCUCCUUGCGGGCAGCUGGAGACCUGCGAGCAGCAGGAGGGGGCCUUUUACUGCCAGCCAACCCGGACCAGCACUUGUGUGGUAUUUGGCGACCCUCAUUACCACACCUUCGACGGCUUCCUCUAUCACUUCCAGGGAACCUGCUCCUACCUGCUGGCUCGGCCCUGCUGGGAGGUUGCGGGGCUGCCCUUCUUCAGCGUGGAGGCCAAAAAUGAGAACCGUGGAGUCGCCUCUGUUUCUUGGCUUCGAGAUGUCACGGUGGAGGUGUAUGGUCACCGAGUCAUGCUGCCCAAAGGCAGCUUUGGGACAGUCCAGGUGGAUGGCUUGAUGAAGACUUUACCGGUUCAACUCCAGCUCGGUGCUGUCAGGGUAUAUCAGUCUGGCGUUGCCGUUGCUUUAGAAACAGACUUUGGACUCUUGGUAACCUAUGACGGCCAACACUAUGCAUCCAUCUCUCUACCCAGCUCCUACUUCAACAACACUUGUGGCCUUUGUGGUAACUAUAACGAUGACCCUGCUGAUGAUCCUGUGCUUCCUGACGGCUCUCUGGCAGAAAGCGUAGUGGAGUUGGGGGGCAGCUGGCGUGCAGAGGACACUGACUGGAGGUGUACAGAUGGCUGCGCCCAGAACUGCAGUGUGUGUGACCCUUAUACAGAAGCCUUCUACUUUCGCUCAGACUACUGCGGGCUCAUCAACAAAACCGAUGGACCUUUUAGGGACUGCAGAGCUGUAGUGGACCCUACAGCCUUUGUAUAUAGCUGUGUAUAUGACAUGUGCAGCAACAGGGAUAAUAUCACCACACUGUGCCAGGCCAUCCAGGCCUAUGCUCUGGCCUGUCAGGCCCUGGGGGUCACAAUACGACCCUGGAGAUCUCGAACCUUCUGCGCUUUGUCAUGUCCGGAGUUCAGCCAUUACCAAGUGUGCACAAGUGCCUGCCCAGCCUCCUGCUCGGACCUCACCGCCCCGCUGUAUUGUGCUCACCCUUGCACCGAGGGCUGCCAGUGCGACCAAGGCUACGUUCUCAGCGGCAGCCGUUGUGUGCAGCGUGAAGACUGUGGCUGUGAGCAUAACGGCCUCUAUUACCCACUUAAUAACACUUUCUGGGCAGGCCCCAGAGGCGAGGAAGGUGAAUGUACCCUCCGCUGCAACUGCGGCCCUGCUGGGGAAGUUUCCUGUUUCAACGCCUCCUGUAAGGAGGGUGAGGUGUGUGUGGCGGAAGUGGGCUUGCUGGGCUGCUACCCACGGAGGGAGGGAGUGUGCUCAAUAACCCAGAACUCAGUGACAUCCUCCUUUGAUGGCACCUUCCUGCUGUUCCCAGAUGACAGCUCCUACUACCUGCUGAAGCUUUGUGCAUCAGUGCCAGCUAAUGGAUCAGUGGUGGAGGUGAAGAUGGGCCGGCGGCUGGUGAACAAAGGCCCCUCUUGGAAAAGACCUGUGGUGGUUACAGUAGCUAACGUGGAAGCUCAGAUGGGAGGGAUAGAUUUUGAUACUGUAAAGGUGAAUGGCGAACCAGUGGGGCUCCCAUACGUCCAUCCAAUGGAGACAGUGAUGAUCUACAGAGCACCGGGCAAUGCUACAGUGGUGGAGUCCCGCGGUCUGCUUCGUGUGCACUACACACGGCAGGGAUUUCUCAACAUCUCCCUCUCCACCCUCUUCUACAAUGUCACUUGUGGUCUAUGUGGCGUCUUCAAUAGCAAUUCCAGUGAUGACCUCCGCCUUCCAAAUGGACGCCUGGCGGAGUCUGCUGAACAGUUCACAGAGGGCUGGCGGUCCAUUGCUGAUGACCUCACCUGUAAUGGCGACUGUGAUGACCUGUAUCGAAUGUGCACAGACCUGCGACUCUACCAGAGUCCUUGGAUGUGUGGCAACAUCAACGACCCGGGGAAUAGUUCAUUUCUGGCGUGUCACGCGGUGGUCAACCCCUCACCGUUCUUCAGGAACUGCUUGUAUAACAUGUGCGUGAAGGAAGGGAAUCGCUCAGCCCUGUGUUCCUCACUGCAGGCGUAUGCCACCGCCUGUCAGGAUGCACAAGUGGGCCUCGCCUCCUGGAGGAGUGCCACCAACUGCCCUCUUCCCUGUCCAGAGAACAGUCAUUUUGAUGAAUGCACCAGCGCCUGCCCUCUGACCUGCACCAACCUGUAUGAACCCGAAGAGCCAUGCCCCCUGCCGUGCCAGGAGGGGUGUCAGUGCGAGGAAGGCUUCGUGCUGCGCGAUGGCCUGUGUGUGGCACGCAGCGACUGUGGCUGCAUGAGCCACGGCCGCCAGCUGGCCACUAAUCAGACUUUCUGGAUGGACUGGGAGUGCCAGGAGCGCUGUUACUGCAAUGGCUCUGACAACAGUGUAUACUGUCAGCUCGCGCCCUGUCACCUUGAGGAGUACUGCCAGGAGAACGACGGCCUGUAUUUCUGCCAGCCGCGCACUGAGGCCCUGUGUGUGGCGGCCGGUUACGGACAUUUUCUGCCGUUUGGGGGCGUGCCAUUUGAGCUGCAGAGCUCUUGUACUCUCAGGAUGGCCACCACCAACUGUGGGAGAGACAGCAGGGACCCCGCGACCAUCAGCAGAACCUUUCCCCAGUUUAAAUUGGCAGCUCGUAAUGAGGAAAGGGACACAGGCCAGGCAAUCUGGGUGAGGGGGUUUGUACUGGAGGUCUACAACUAUGAGAUUGAGGUGUCUCGAAGCUAUAAAAACACUGUCACGGUGAAUAAGGAGCGUCUGUACCUUCCUCUGAAGCUGGGUCCAGGGAAGGUCAACAUCUUCACGUUGGGCAUGCAGCUCAUUCUGGAGACAGAUUUUGGCCUGAAGGUGGCCUUCGACUGGAACACUCUUCUCUUGUUGACUUUGCCCCGUGACCUCUACAACGCCUCCUGCGGCCUCUGCCAGGGCAUGCCCUUAUCCCCGCCCACCCUCACCACGACCGACUGGGGCAUGGCCUGGGCGGAGAGGGACACCUUCUGCCAGGUGGGCUGUGGAGACUCCUGCCCUCGCUGCGGCCUGGGAGAGAAAAGCGUGCCGAAUGACGCCCCUCUCAUGGUGGCUGACGGCAACACAAACAUUGGCACGGACGACGGAGCGAGUGAAGUCAACACAGGCAUACGUUUCCACAUUGGAGAUGGACUGUAUGUGUUCGUGGAGCCUGAAGCCGUGAGGCUGUGUGGGCUGAUUGUGGACCGAGGAGGCGUGUUUGCACGUUGUCACAGUAAGGUGGCGCCAGCGUUCUUUUACCAAAGCUGCCUGCAGGACACCUGUUUGGACCAGGGAGCCCAGGAUACAAUCUGUAACUGGCUGCAGAUAUAUGCCAGCACCUGUCAGACCCAAGGAGUGCCAGUUACCGGCUGGAGGAGUGACACGCCGUGUGUCCAGAGCUGUCCACCUAACAGCCAUUACUCCAGCUGCACGUCGGUCUGCCCGCCCCAGUGCGCCCCAGCCCGCGGCCAGAGGGACUGCAGCCAGGACUGCGUGGAAGGCUGCCAGUGUGACCAGGGCUACGUGCUCAACGGCAAGAGCUGCAUCCUGCCUCAGAACUGUGGCUGCUACACGGAUGGCAAGUACUAUGAGCCCAAGCAGCUGUUUUGGAACAGCGACUGUACGAAACGCUGCCAGUGCAUCGGGCGGAACCUGAUCCAGUGCGACCCGCGACGCUGUAAGGCGGAGGAAGAGUGCACCCUGCGGCACGGCGUGCGGGGUUGCUUUGCACGGCGCUCGCAGCACUGCGUGGCCUCUGGCGGCGGGGUUUUCAGGACCUUCGAUGGGGCAUCGCUGCGGCUCCCGGCCUCCUGCUCCUUCGUCUUGUCCACAAACUGCCACAAGCUGCCCGACCUCUCCUUCCAGCUCAUCGCUAACUUUGACAAAUGGAGCACACCCAACCUCACGACCAUCUCUCAUGUCUACCUUUACCUCAACGAGGAGAACAUACUCAUAUCUGGCAGCACCGUCAAGGUCAAUGGGACGCCAGUAUCAGUACCUUUUCUAACUGGGCUGAUGACUCGUCUGUCCACAUCCGAAGGUUUCAUCGUCAUCGACACACCCCAGGACAUCCAGAUCCGAUACAACCACUUUAACACCCUCAGCAUCACAAUGGGCCAGCGGCUUCAGAACAAAGUGUGCGGCCUCUGUGGGAAUUUCAACGGAGACCCCAGCGACGACUACAUCACCUCCAGGGGAAAGCCGGCUGUCAGCGCCCUGGAGCUGGCCCAGAGCUGGAAGACCAACGGUAUGCAGAACAGUUGUGAUGAAACCCAGUACGUGGCUCUGGCUCAGUCCUGCGACAACACGGCGGUGGCGGCGCUGCAAGGUGAAGAUGCCUGUCUGAAGCUCACCCAGCUGAAGGGCUUCUUCCAGCCGUGCCACGGUCUGCUGGACCCCCGGCCCUUCUACCAGUCCUGCUACCUGGACGGCUGCUAUAAUCACCGCAAGGCUCAGGUCUGUGGCUCGCUGGCAGCCUACGCGGAGGCCUGCCGCUCCCUGGGCACCCUCACCACCAAGUGGAUCACCCAAGAAAACUGCUCAGAAUGGAUCUACGACCCCUGUGCAGGAGAGAUCUGCACAAACUUCACCUGUGAGCUGGAGAACGGAGGCGACCUGUGUGGAUGUCCGGAGUUACCCACCAGCACCGGAGCAGAUGAUGACAUUAUCCAGGCGGAGGUGACCUGUAAACACGCUCAGAUGGAGGUCUCCAUCUCCAAGUGUAAACUCUUCCAGCUGGGCUUUGAACGGGAGGACGUCCGGAUCAACGACGAGCACUGCGCCGGCAUCGAGGGGGAGGACUUCAUCUCCUUCCACAUCAACAACACGAAGGGACACUGCGGCUCCAUCGUCCAGUCGAACGGCACGCACAUCAUGUACAAGAACACCGUGUGGAUAGAGAGUGUGAACAACACCGGGAACGUCAUCACCAGAGAUAAGACCAUCAACGUGGAGUUUUCCUGCGCCUACGAGCUGGACCUGAAGAUCUCGCUGGAGACCGUCCUCAGGCCCAUGCUCAGUGUGAUAAACCUCACCUUACCGACCCAGGAGGGAAACUUCAUCACCAAGAUGGCUCUGUAUAAGAACUCCUCGUACCGCCACCCGUACAGGGAGGGGGAGGUGGUGCUCAGCACGCGAGACAUCCUCUUCGUGGGCGUGUUUGUGGAGGGGGCGGAUGAAAACCAGCUCAUCCUCAUAGUGAACAUGUGCUGGGCCACGCCGUCCCGCUACAGCAGCGACCGCCUCCGCUACAUCAUCAUAGAGAGAGGGUGUCCCAACAUUAAGGACAACACCAUCGGCAUGGCAGAGAACGGCGUGUCGCUCACCUGCCGCUUCCACGUCACGGUCUUCAAGUUCAUCGGCGAUUACGACGAGGUCCACCUCCACUGUGACGUUUCCCUGUGCGACUCCGAGACGAACGCCUGCAAAGUGAACUGUCCACACAAGAGGAGAAUGUACUCAGAGGACAGUGACCAUAAAGAGCACAUACUGAGUGUCGGACCCAUAAGAAGGAGAGAAUCAGACUGGUGUGAGGAGAACAAUGGAGGCUGCGAGCAGAUCUGCACCAGUAAGACGACUGGACCGGUCUGCAGCUGCGUGACUGGGAUGCUGCAACGAGAUGGAAAAAGCUGCCGGACUGUGAGCUCGAGCUGUAAACCGGCACCUCUGCUUUCUCUGCUGAGCGUCAGCGCUGUCAUCUUCAUCUUCCUGGCUCGUCCUCAUCCUCUCCUCUCCUAACAGGCCGUGAGCGACGGAAGGCAACACAUGAAAAACAUGAAACACAGAAAAGACUUGAAGAUGCACAAAGUAUCAGCGUUUAUUAGCCAGUAGAUCAGCCGUCACGAGUGCUAGACAGAAUCCAGAGCGAGUCCACAUAUCCUGCUGCAACCGAAGGGAACUGAACCAGAAACGUCCGUCAGCCUUUUAGACGCGUGGACCGCCGAUCCUGCAGGCUCGC